AUGGAAGUAGAAGAAGUGGGCAUGGACGCUGAGGAUAAACUUUCAGGCUUUAUUUUCAUGUGCAAUCAAAUGACGAAACCAGAAUGCUAUCGGUAUCGGGUUUUUGCGCUUCCUGCAGGGAGAAAGCAUGUUGUGGAGAGGAUCAAUCCUGGCAUGCACCUUUUUCUGUUUGACACUGAUGCGAAGCUUCUCUAUGGCAUAUAUUUAGCAACCUCGUCCGGGAUGCUAAAUAUAGAACCCUAUGCUUUUGGGGGAAGGUUCCCUGCUCAGGUGAGCUUUUAA